UAGGUAGAUAACAGCCAGCCCAGUACGGCUAUCAUUAGUUACGAAUUUAUCUAGACCUGCUUUCAUUAUCUUAUCAGGCAUUACUGCCCUUUAUUUUACAAGUCUUUGCGAGGUAUGCAUUGGGUGCGCCCCGAGGAACAAAGUAGACGGAUAAAAUAUAUUCAUUGUAACAGAGACCAUGAAAUUUAUGUUAAUGAAAAUUAUGUGUAGUGAAAAGUGAUUGUUACAGUUUUUCAGUGCCCUAUAUUAUUUACUAAACUUACCUAGGUAUCUGGAUUUUUCAAGGAUAUUGUGGAUUCUUGUUUAAAUGCGCUUUAGAGAAACUGCCAGCAUGCUUUGGUUGGCUAUAAUAAUUUUAGCCGCACCCAGCUAUGUGCGUGCUCAAGCCACCGCUCAAACUAACGUAGCUCCAGAUCUAAGAGAAUGUUACACAGACCCAAGACUGUUGGACAGGAACAAUCUACCACCAGCAACAAUGCCCGUCCUUAUAAGUAUCAUACAAAGCAUUGAAGAUAAUCCCAAUGCUAGUAAUUUCGAUUUGCGCCAACUGAGCGUGUUGAUUUUGCAGGCAUUUAGACAAGACGGUAUAGAAUACCAUCAGCCAGACAGUUCCAUCGCCACUACAACUAAUGUGCUGCCCUUUGCACCGACAUUCCAUUCUUUCUACCGUAACAAAUUGCUGUUAAGCAGAAUUCUGCCAAGGAAUUUGCAAAAUUUGUCCAAUAACACUGUCAAUUCUCCUCUAAAGUGUGCACUUCAUCGAAUGCUUUCAACUACAGUGGAUGCUCGCGUUCGUGGCGAUGAGAACAGAUGCAACCAACUGUCGCAGUAUCGAGCUUUAAGAACUGCUCGUGGUUUGAGAGAACAUUUACUUAAAGAUGAUUUUGAAAUGUUGGACGUAGCUACACUAAAUUCAGCAAAGAAAACCGGUCAAAUGAGGCAAUACAAUCCAAACGAUGAAGUUGAAGUUUCAAAUCUUAAUCAUUUCGAUUUAUCUGAGCGUCAAACAUUGCUACUAAGUCAAUGCCCGAUUUUGGAUGGUGUGGUUAGUACUCGAUGGGGGGCAGUUUCAGCGGGAAAUGUCAUCGCAGGCAUAGCAGCCGGAGCACAACCUCAGACUAUACCGAUCUCAGAGUUAGCAAGGGGUUCCAUCAUUAACCAACCCAAUAUUCAAUCAUUUGUGACAGCAUUAUACCCGGCUACAUUAGCAGGAGACUUAGCUGAAGCGGUGCUUAUACAAAACUCAGAAAGAGGUAGCCAAUCAAUAUCAGUAGGCACUGCUGGUAGUUGGAAUUCGACACAAGCGCCUAGAUAUUUCAUGAUACAUGCACCGAACGGGCUUAACAAUAUUGAAAUGACAGACCCUGAAAUGCGCGGUGAUAUCGACGGCUUUGUUUUAGGCAGUUCUAUAACUACACUUUUACAGAGUGCUAGUCAAAUAAGGCUUUCUCAAGUUCUCGAUAUGUACUAUACUGCUAGGAAUGGUGUAUUGGAUCCAACACGAAGAGCUUGCAAUCGUCAAACUCUCAGUCAAGAAGUUAUUCCAACCGCUAAUUUAGUAGCAGAGACAUUAGCAUUCACUGCGGUAUUAGAUACGAAUAUGCCUUUGCGUGGUACAAUCAUAGGGGGAUUAGAACAGCCUGUCAAUAGUGCUGUUUCAAAUUUCCAAUCUUAUGCAAGAAACAAUAUGAACGACCUUAACUGUGAAUUCACAGAAAGUAAUACGGUUGACUUUCGCCUAAGAACUAAUCUCUACCUCGUUGUUGAUGUAUCGUGGCCGUACCAAACCAUAUAUCCGGCAAUCUCUUAUCUUCUUGAUAAAAUAGAGGUUGGAAAGUACGGAUCAAGUGUAACUUUACUAACUGCCUUCGAUGGAAGUAUUGUAAUCAAUAAAAUCUUCUCUCUAGCAGAUUUUCAUGCUGAAUAUACAUUAUCAAGGCAUCAAUCCAUGCUUGGCGGAGUUAAUCUAGAAACUACAUUAACAAAUAUCCGCCUAAUGAUGAGUAGUGAACUAGACAAUGAAAGAACAGCCAAUUACGUUGGCGGAAACUCUACAGUACUUCUCUUUCUACUAAAUUCUGGCGUUCAAAGCAAUCUCGCGGCUAUGGAACAAGCUAGAAUAUUGAACGAAACUGUACCAGAUCUAAGGGUUUUGUAUGCUAGUUCAACGAAUCAAUUUGACGCUUUGUGGCAAUUAGUCCGUGAUAUGCAUAAGGAUAUUUUAACAAUAGCAUUAAGUUCCGAUGGUACUAAUGUUGAACGUAACAUGAAUUCUGUACUUUCAAGAGUUGAACUUACUGGAAGAAGAAUUAUAAACCCUACUUGUGGAUCAGAUUUCCCAUCUAGCGCAAAAUCCGGCCAAGUUCAUUUUUUAGAUCAUGUCGAGCCUGGCUAUAUCAAUUACUACUCUAUUAGCCCUAAUUAUUUUUACAAUUAUAAUGACAACAGUAAAGUUCGCAUCACACGAUCUACUGCUGGUGUGGGUAAUCUCGUGGUUUGUCAAUCAAGAUCAUGGAGCCAACCUAGGCAAACAAAUACAAGCGUUGGCGCAGAAGAAAGCGACGUAGUUUGUCAGACAAUAGCAACUUCUGGUACUCGCGAUGUAGAGAUCAGCUUGCGAGGUGCCUGUAAUGGACAUAUGACAAUUAAUUCUUGUCCAUUCUUCCACAUUUCUGUGCAGUCGGUCUUACCCACCACUACUACUGCUUUGACUGCAGUUUGCACAGAAAGGGUCUGCAGAUUUCCAUACGACAUCAGGUACCAAGUGCAAAUAGAAGACUUCGGGUGCUUCAGCGGAUGUGGAAGCACGACAGUCAGCCUGACUCUAUUACUUUUCGUAUUUCUCUAUAACCUUCUUUGAAAUCUUAAUAUAGGUUUUUAAAUAGCUUUUUUUUAAUGACUGCAUAUACUGCUACUUGCCAGAGUAACCCCAGGUUACAUACCUUAAUUGCUAGUAAUUUUCAUAAUAUGUUUUAUAUUUCGAUUAAAAAUUAAGAUCAUUGAUUUGCAUAUAGGGUUUUAAAAUAUAAUCAAGUUGGACAAGUAUGUGCCCUUCAAAAAUCUGCUAAUCAUACUGCAUUCCGUAUGGGAACUACAUACGUACUACACAAUGAUAACCGAUACUAAUUUUGAACCACCAAAUAGAUUUACCGUUAGUUAGGAUAUUUUGUUUUAAGCUGUAACGUUAUAAGUACGAGUAGGUAUUAGGUACACAUUUUUGACGAUGUUAUACUUAUUUUUAUUUUUAUUAAUAAAUACUUCUCCGCUAGUCCACACAAUACGUUACGAAGUACCUACCUAUCUACAUUUGUACAUAAUUUACAUCCUGUCUAAGAAGAAAUUGAACUAUGUAUACUAUACUAACAUCUACGAACCUACCUACCUACCUACUUUGCCUUGCCUAAAUCUAGUGUGUCCAGCAGCUGUAGACUAAACUUUUACAUGCAGGGUAAACUAAAUUAUCUUGUAUUGUAAAUAAGAAGUUUAUGUAAGUACCUAGUUGGUUUAUUGUAGGGUACGUAUUUUCGUACCUACGUACCCUACAAUAAACCAACUACCUACAGCUGUAACAUAUAAUAAUUAUAAUUAUAACUAGAAAUGAAAUAUCAUUUGUCAUAUUAUUAACUUGUGAAGAUACAACUUGUGUAGAGUAGAUUGAGUAGAUAAGUAUUUUUGAAUUAUUUUUGUUUUGAUAGGAGGUAUUAACGUAAGUUAGAAAUUAGCAUAAACCUGAUUCAAAUCAUACGUUUACAAGAAAAGUCCCAGCUGUUUUUUUAAAGUAUGUUAUUUAUUUGGCAUUAAAUGAAGAAGUGUAGCUGAAACGAUAUUUGGAUGAGUUUUUUUAAAUAAAAUUUUACUUUGCGAAA